GACUAACUAAUUCAAUUGAAGUUUUUGGCAUCUGACGUUUUAUAUUUAUAUUGGGUUAGUUUUGAUGAUAAUGAAAAUAAUUGAUAUUUAACGUUUUGAGGCUUAGAAUAUAAAUUUAGGUAUGUUUAUGUGAAUGAUUGUCAUCAUAAAAAAUCAUAAAUAAUUCGUAAGUCAAUUGUAUUAAUUUUUAAGAUUCAGUUUUCAAAGUGUAGACGAUAGUGUGGCCCACUUAAUUUGACAAGCAAUGUGUUGAUAUUUUCUUAUCUUCAGAAUCUUUAAUACACAAGCCAAAAAAAAUGCCAGAAAAAGAGUGGAAGGAUCUGUACAUGAGUCACAGUCUGAACGAAUUGAAGAAACGGUCGUUGAUCGAUGUUAAGAAAUUCGGAUCAAAACCCAUGAAAAAUAUGCUUGAAGCUAUCAAUAAAAUGCAUAAGAUGUACGAAGAUAGUGAAAAUACCAAAGACAUGGAGGCUGCUUUCUUCUAUUUGUCACGAUUCUUUGAGCUGUGCGUCUACGUGCAAAAAACAAAACCUUGGCCACCUAACGACAUUCUCUAUUUCAAAAGAAGCUUCAGCACCGCAAUGAAUAAUGGCAUGAAUCGACUUGAAGAACUGCAAAAACAGCUUGAGAUGAGAUAUGAAAACGAAAUGGAUGACAGAGGAAAAGAUAUUCUCCAACACAAAAUAGAGAGAGCAGUUGAUAAAGAGAAGGAUGAUAUCGAAGAGAAACGUUUGAAAAAAAGUGAUAAAGAUACAAUAACAAUACCAAUAUCAGACUCCAUCACUCCUUCACAGCUGAUGAACUGUCAUAGUGAUCGCAAAAAAAUUGCAAUUUUCGAUGUGAGGAGUGUUGAAUGUUUUCAAAAAUCGAAAAUAAACUUGAAUGGAGUGAAAAUUAUUAAUAUACCAAAUGAAACAGUGCCGAGCCUUAUUGGCAGAAAGUUGUCGGAAAGUGAUGCGGAUGCAGCGGCUGUUUGGGCCGAAAGAAAGUCGAUGGAUUUGGUUGUGAUAGUCGGAGAUGCCGCUGAUGCCUCUAGUGCAGUCAUCAAACUUUUCAGAUCGCUGCGAGAUUACGAUUAUCCAGUAAAAUACAAAUGCUUGCAAUAUCUUGAAGGCGGGUUCACUGAAUGGCAUCAUAAGUAUCCGACUUUUUGUACCAAUUCAAAUUUUUUUGAUUUUACGAAACAUUGUGCAUUUACAUCGAACACUCCUCUACUCUUAGAUCAAGUCAAGUAUCCCACAUUAGAAGAGCCGGCCAGUGUGCAUAAACCAAUAAAGACGUCAUCAACCACUAAUGAUAAAAUGCAAACUCCCGCAUUAGAUAGUACUUCUCGACCUAACAAUGCAACCAACUUCUCGUCCAUUGCUAACAAUGCAACCAAGCAAGUCGUCCCUACUAUCAAUCGUCAGACAAAGCCGACGUUUGUUAGAUCUGAGCCGAAGCCUGCGGAAGUUGCCAACCAGAAUGGACAUGCUAUUGGAGAAGAGAUUAUCACUGAUAAUGAGAUAACUGACAAGGAGAACACUGAACCUGAGAGUGAAAAUGGGCUGAAACCAACGAAAAGCAACAACAUAAUUGUCGAUCGGUCUACCAAACCUUCUGUCCUAAAAACAACACAACAUGUUGUCAGCGAUAAAAACCAGAUUCCGAAGCAGAUUCAACCAAGUUCGAUCGAUGAAUGGAAUAAAAAUAGCUCGGAAACAAGUUUCGAGCCUUUAAAAUCGGAUAGCAGCUCUAGUACUUCGAGCAUGAAAAGGUCAUCCUCGUUUCCCAACAUUUCAAAAUUGACAGACGACGAGCUGACGCCAGGGAGGGGUGGUGAUGGGUUGGGUGGUAGGGGGGCUCGAGUGGCCCCCACCCCUCCCAAGUACGACCGCUCCUCGAAGCCCUCUGUCCUCCCCUCCAGUCAGCCCUCAUCCCCACCUCUUUCUCAUUACAAGCAGCAUGAAGUCGGCAUAGCCAGCACCGUUGUUACUCCAGGCCUGACCGGACUGAAGAACCUGGGCAACACGUGCUAUAUGAACUCGAUAGUUCAGUGCCUGAGUAACACGGAUGAGCUGCGCCGCGAAAUAUGCCAAUUCAGCAAGGAGGGAGGCGUGUUGGGGGGGCUGGUGGGGCAUCACCCCCGCCCCACCCCCGUCGCCCUCGAAGUCGACAAAGUGGUCAGGAAGCUGUGGGCGGGCAAGCACAAGUCGUUUCCCUGCGAUGAGCUCAAGAGCGUUGUUGGAAAGUUGAAGACCUCAUUUAGAGGCUGUGAGCAGCAGGACUCUCACGAAUUUCUAACAAUUCUUUUAGACUGGCUGCAUGAAGAUCUCAACGUGCCGAACCAAGACCUGGAGCUUGGCGGGGCAGACGAGGCGUCGGGCGAGCGUGCGUGGGGCGAGUUUCGACGCAAAAACAACUCGAUAGUGUUGGACCUGUUCUACGGGCAGCUCAAGUCAACCGUCACCUGUCUCACCUGCGCCAAGCAGUCGGUGACCUUCGAGCCGUUCUCCAAUCUCUCUCUACCACUACCCAACCACGUGCUGUCUGAUCGAUGCACUUUACAUGAUUGUAUGGAGCUGUACUUAAAAGAAGAGUCGAUUUCAGGGUGGAACUGCCCUAGCUGUAAGACAGCGCGAGCGGCCACCAAGAAAAUUGAUAUUUCAAAACUACCACCGAUACUAGUCAUACAUCUUAAAAGGUUUACAAGCAACGGCGCGCGGAAGAAGCAGACGCUGGUUGACUUCCCGGUGGAGCGGCUGGACAUGAUGGGCCACGCGGCGAAGGGCAGUGAGCAGCGAAAUCGCACCUACGACCUGUAUGCGGUCAGCAACCACUAUGGCACCAUGGAGAGUGGCCACUACACCGCCUACUGUCUCAAUCCCGACCAAUCUAGAUGGUAUGAGUUCAACGAUACAGAUGUGAUAGAAAUUCAGGACAAAAAUGUUCGAACAUCGGCUGCUUACAUACUCUUCUACCGGGCUGCUAAACGAUAGCUAAAGGCGUCUCUAUAGAUUCAUUUUAAACUGUCAAUAUAAGUUAAAUGGGAAGAAUUUAUGGAAAAUUGAAUUUCUUAUUAAUAGUGAAUGCUGACAGUUUCAAGUGAAUCUCACUGUACAUCUGUACAUACAUACAUUACCAAAACUUUCCAAUCUACUGUGUACAUUGCAAGCAAAUUAAAAUAUUAUUAAUAUCUAUAGGGAAACUUAUAAAGUGAUUUUUUGUUGUAUAUAUUAUAAUUAUGUAAAAAGACUGAAGUUGUAAGUAAGCUGUAUAUUACUAUAACUAUAAAUACUUAUUGUUUAUUACUAUCAUCAUUAUAAUUAUAUGUAUAUUGAAUUCUAGAUGAAUAAUAGCAUAGUUAUGGAUACAACUAUUGAACCUUUUUUUCUUGUUGUUGACUUAUUUUAAUUAAAAUUGAUUGGCCA